AUCAUCAAAUAUCGAAUCACGCCACCCAACACUGUACAACCGUCCCCCUGUCAUAAACAUUACGCAUCACCUACCGCAGCUGACGCCAUUAAUUUUUCUUAAUUCAUUUUGCACCACCUGGCGAUCUCAGAGACGGAGUUGCUGGCAGUCAAGGGUCCUAGCGGCUGAUCUUCUGCACGCCACGCCACGCCACAGCAAGCUACGCAGCCCCAUCGAAAUUGGAUUUUCAGAUAUUUUCCAUUUUGUUUAACAAAUUAGUAUCGUUCGAUCAAUCAAUUUCCCGAAUUUUCUUUUGAUUUUUUUGAUGACGCGCAAUCGGUGAAAUCCGAUCCUAUAUCACUGACUCAUUGUAGCUGGACUUGAUCUCUCCUCUAAACGGCACGUUGGAGAGAGUGAGAGAUCUUUCCAGGAAGGUAUUUUGGGCGUUUAUUGUUGUUUUUGAUAGUGAGGUUACUUGGAUUUAGGUGUACACUUUUGUGAGUUGUUGUUUGGAGGUAAAGGCUCUGUUUGGUUUUAUAUUAGCUUUAAAGAAAAACGGAAUUUGUACAUUUGAUUUUGUAGCGUUUGUUUGAGAGGCCAAACGGUAGGGAGAAGUUAUCGAGAUGGUUACUAGCAAUUUGUUUCACUGUAGAAAGAAUUCAUGGCCGCCUGAGGAGUAUGUCAGCAGAACUACCUUGCAAUUAUUGGAUUUUGAAAGUGCUGCCCCCCCAGAACAUGCCUGGAGAAGGAGAUUAAACAGUCAUGCUAAUAUUCUCAAGGAAUUCAGUGUUACAUUUAUGGAAGCAGUAAAAAUGGUUCAAUUGGGUAUACGGCUGUGGUCCUAUGUCAGGGAAGAGGCAUCUCAUGGAAGGAAAGCACCUAUAGAUCCCUUCACCCGGGAAAGUUGCAAGCCAUCAGCAUCUCAGGGAGUUCCGCUGGGAGGAAUGGGAAGCGGAAGCAUAUCUAGAGGUUUUAGAGGUGAGUUCAGGCAGUGGCAAAUCGUACCUAGUAUAUGUGAUGCUUCACCUGUCAUGGCCAAUCAGUUCUCCAUUUUUAUUUCUCGAGAUGGAGGGAGUAAAAAUUAUGCAUCAGUUUUGGCUCCUGGCCAACAUGAAGGUUUGGGGAAAGCUGGUGAUCAGGGUAUAUCAUCAUGGGGCUGGAACUUAAGUGGUCAACAUUCUACAUAUCAUGCUUUAUUUCCCAGGGCAUGGACAAUAUAUGAUGGUGAACCAGAUGCUGACCUGAAAGUCUCUUGCAGACAAAUAUCACCAUUCAUACCACAUAAUUAUAGAGACAGCAGCCUUCCUACUGCUGUUUUUGUCUAUACGUUGGUAAACACUGGGAAGGAAAGAGCAAAAGUUAGCCUCCUCUUCACAUGGGCGAAUUCAAUUGGAGGAGUCUCACACUUGUCUGGAGAUCAUGUGAAUGAACCGUUCAUAGGUGAAGAUGGAGUCUCCGGGGUACUUCUACAUCACAAGACUGCAAAGUGUAACCCUCCGGUUACUUUUGCAAUUGCUGCAUGUGAAACUCAGAAUGUAAGUGUGACUGUUUUGCCAUGCUUUGGACUGUCUGAGGCAAGUUGUAUGACAGCGAAGGAUAUGUGGGGUAAAAUGGUGCAGGAUGGACAAUUUGAUCGGGAGAACUUUAAUUGUGGACCAAGCAUGCCUUCAUCACCUGGAGAAACACUUUGUGCUGCAGUUUCUGCUUGCACAUGGGUGGAACCUCAUGGAAAGUGUACAGUUGCAUUCGCUCUUGCAUGGUCAUCACCAAAGAUAAAGUUCUCGAAGGGAAGCUCAUACCAUAGGAGAUACACCAAAUUUUAUGGCACUUCUGAAAGAGCGGCUCAGAAUUUGGUGCAUGAUGCACUGACACAUUACAAGUGGUGGGAGGAAGAGAUUGAGAAGUGGCAAAAUCCUACCCUCAAGGAUGAAAGGCUACCAGAAUGGUACAAGUUCACAUUGUUUAAUGAACUCUACUUUUUGGUUGCUGGUGGAACUGUCUGGAUUGACUCUCCCUUACUAACUGAAGAUACAAGAGAUGGCCAUCAUCAGUCAAAAGAAAUGGAAACCAUGGUUAUCAACAUAAUUGAAGCCCAAGUGAGCCACACCAAAGGUGCAGUCAAGCAUACUACAACUAAUGGUUAUAAUGUGACUGGUGUCAGAUCUGAGGACAAUGAUGAAACAUCAAAUGCAGAAUGUACAAGCAAUGAUGAAUCAGCAGUAUCUCAGGAGAAGGGAAAUUUCAACCACUCUUUACAGCCUUUCUCACCUCUGGAACCCCAGAAUGACAGUGAUGAUGUUGGUAGGUUUCUGUACUUGGAAGGAGUGGAAUAUAUCAUGUGGUGCACAUAUGAUGUUCACUUCUAUGCAUCGUUUGCCCUUCUUGAGUUGUUUCCCAAAAUUGAACUCAAUAUUCAGCGUGACUUUGCUAAAGCUGUGCUUUCUGAGGAUGGAAGGAAAGUAAAGUUUCUGGCAGAGGGUAAUGUUGGAAUCCGUAAGGUCAGAGGAGCUGUCCCUCAUGAUCUUGGGACACAUGAUCCUUGGAAUGAAAUGAAUGCAUACAAUAUACAUGAUACAAGCAAGUGGAAGGAUCUAAAUCCAAAGUUUGUACUUCAGGUGUAUAGAGACUUCGCUGCAACACAGGAUAUGUCCUUUGGAGUUGAUGUUUGGCCUGCAGUUCGUACUGCCAUGGAAUACACGGAACAGUUUGAUAGGGAUGAUGAUGCUCUGAUUGAAAAUGACGGAUUCCCAGAUCAAACAUAUGAUGCCUGGACAGUUCAUGGUGUAAGUGCUUACUGUGGCUGUUUAUGGCUUGCAGCUCUUCAGGCUGCAGCAGCAAUGGCCUUUCAAGUAGGUGACAAAUAUUUUGCUGAAUUAUGCAAAAGCAAAUUUGUGAAGGCAAAAUCAGCAUUUGAAGCUAAAUUAUGGAAUGGUUCAUAUUUCAAUUAUGACAGCGGAUCAAGUAGUAACAGUAAAUCUAUACAAGCAGAUCAGUUGGCGGGGCAAUGGUAUACAGCAUCUGCGGGCUUACCUCCACUUUUUGAUGAAGUCAAGAUUAGAAGUUCUCUUCAGAAAAUAUAUGAUUUCAAUGUAAUGAAAGUACGAGGAGGCAGGAUGGGGGCUGUAAAUGGAAUGCAUCCCAAUGGAAAGGUGGAUGAAACUUGUAUGCAGUCACGCGAAAUAUGGACUGGUGUCACCUAUGCUGUGGCAGCUACCAUGAUUCUUGCUGGAAUGGAGGACCAGGCAUUCACUUGUGCUGAAGGUAUAUUCCUUGCAGGCUGGUCAGAGGAGGGCUAUGGAUACUGGUUCCAGACACCAGAGGCAUGGACAACUGAUGGACACUUCCGUUCCCUUAUUUACAUGAGGCCACUUGCAAUCUGGGGUAUGCAAUGGGCAUUAUCACUGCCCAAAGCUAUUCUCGAGGCCCCAAAGAUCAAUAUAAUGGACAGGCUUCUCUUGUCUCCCAGCACAAGAUUCGCCCUUCACGAAACAGGAGUUAGGAAGAUUGCAAAUAAAGCUAAAUGCUUUGGAGCUUCUGUGUUCCACUGUGCAUGCUAAUUAUGGCAUGCAAGUUCCCUCAGCCUUGCAAAGAAAAAUGUUCUUUAUAUCUUUAUAGAUUCCCAAACACUCUUCCGGAAGAAAGCUGGGAGAGACUCUGGGAGACGUCUGUCUUUCCCAAGACGGGUUAUGAAAAGCCGCGCUGUAACUUAUUAGUCAAUUUAUUUACAUGACAUAACCUUUUCAAUUUUUUUAUUUUUUUACAAAAGGCUGAAUAUUUGAAUUAGGACUUUGAGGUCCUGGUGGUUUUGAGUGAGGGAGACCAUCUUUAAAUUACAUGCCAGAAUUUAGGGGACCUGGCGCAAUGUACUUCUAAAAUUUAGAACAUUCAAGUAUUAUGAAAGAGAAAUGGAUAAUUUAGAAA